AUAGUGUAUAUUUAUAACAACGCCACCAAGGUUAUAGAUCUCGCUGCGAAGGAGGCCGAGAUUGACAGGAGACGACAGAGGGCUCUGUCAAACGCCGAGACGGUUGAGUGGUUAAACUUUUUGAUAAACAGAUGGUAAGUGUCUUCGGCCAUAACUUAAAUGUGGGUGAAAAUGCGAAGGUUUUUUGUUCAAAUAUUUAGGUACUACAAAGCGACUGGCAUGAGCUAUAAGACAAGUGACUAUAUUGCAAAAACAAAGACACUUCAACCUCGAAACUUAAUUGAGAACUCGAUUAGGAUUACUGAAAGUUCACCCCCAUUCUCCCCAAGCUUAGAUAGAAACAGCUGUUUGAUUCAUUCUUUACAGAAUAGAAGCUCUCGUGAAAUCGCUUAUAUUUGUUUGGCUCGCCGGCUGAACGAACUAGUCCCUCGUGAUAGUCUUACAUAACCUCUUGAACAUACCAUCAGUGCGUCUAGUUUUUUUAGAUACUGAUUUGAAACUACUGGUUGUGUUUAAAAAAGAGAUAAGAUUAAUCGCUGAAGUUAUUUGGUAUUCAUUCCUUUAGGUUCUCCUCGAACUAUAACAAAAUUCAAAAAUAAUAGAAAAUUAUUUCUACUGUAACACACAUUUUCAUUUAUCUGAGAAUCAGUAAACAAGAGGAUUAAAAAACGCUGACUUGCAAGCUAUGACUGCAAAACCUUAGAACGCAUUCGUCUCAUCUGCUUAAAAAUAUUUUUUAAGACUUAAAUUUUGAGAAAGAAUACAUUCACGUGACCUUUUUUAUGUAGCGUUUUAUAAGCUCAAAGUUACUUCAAACAAAAACAAUAGACACAAAAACCUUUGUUUUCCUUUUAUCUCUCGAGUUCUAUAUUGGGCAUAGAAUUCAACCUCAGCGAACAAUUUUCAUCAACUUUAGGAAACAACCACGCCAAAACUUUUAAAGUUGCAUGAAGCAGUAAUGGAAUUAAGUCAAAUCUCAACCACAUCAUUAAAAUGUCUGUUAUGGAAUUUAUACAGUUUUACUUACGCACGGCAUUAAAGGAAAGAACGCGAAAAAAAUCUUAAAACUGAUCAAAAUAAAAACUUUUUUCACUUUACGCUGAUUUUCAUCACUUUCGUGCCGAAGGUGGUAAUGAAACUUCAUGAGGCCUUCGAUGAUAAAAGCUCAGUUUAAAACUAACAUAAAUUAUUUACUAGAUAAUAUGGCGCAUACAUGGGACGAAAUUAAUUUGAUCCGAUCUGCGAAACGAGACAAUUACUGCUUUGAAGAUUUACAAAUUCUUUUCCAGUACCGAGGUGCUUUCCUUUAUCCUGAAAAGAGCCAAAAAUAUAUUUAGUUGGAAAAUCAACGACAAGAAUCCAGUUUAAAAUACUUUCCCUCCGUCUUUCUCGUACUUAUCACUAAAACAGACUAGGUGUCAUUCAAUAUACACACUUCUUCUGAGAUGUAAUACUUCUGUUGACCAGACAACCUCUAAUUUGAUGGGUUCUUGUUGGCCCGAAGCUCUGUUGUUUCAGAGUUGGGGUUCAUUGUUAGUUUUGUUUGGGUUAGGGCUAUCUAUUGUCUUCUAAACCAAUCCUGUGAGACUUUGCACCACAACUACCAGUUAGGUUUCUUGAAAACUUUGUAAUUUCGAUCUACUGAGCGUCAACUUUUGUUUUAACCAUUUUAUACUGCAGUAAAAUAUUAAUACACUUAGGAAAACAAAGAGGAUACCGCGAUGGGUCGGUAGAAGAGAGUUAACGAGUAAAGUCUGACCUCAAGCGACCAGUACCCACAAAUGCUAAGAUUUAGUGCUCGCUUACGAGGGUCGAAACACAAGGGAUCUCUUUCGGGUAAAGGUGUGACAUAUCCACUGAUGAAAAAAAAAAAAUUGCAUACAAGUUUCGAGUUAAAAUACGUGCCGUGCCAUGUUGAAACUCUGAGUAGUGUAGUAUGUACAGCGCACAUAAGUGUCAAGUGCUCGCUGGCAGGGGGUUAAAAACAAUGACAAUUUUUAAAAUCGUCAUCCCACACGGUGGUAAAGGUAGUUUACGAGAGGUUCCAACAGCAGAGCUUUCACUGGGAAAAUUUUUGUGUUUCGGAUCAGUGGCCGCAUUAGAGAGGUGGUCGCUUAUAGAGGGUUAAAGAUUCUCAUUGAGAUAGGAGGGUGUGAAAUAGGGGGAGAAAAGGGGGUGUCCGUCACCCCCAUGCCCCUUGCACUUCUAUAGUGAGCGUGAUCAGAAUCUAUUUUCUCCUUUAAAUAACACAGCUUAAUCACACAAAAAGGUCAUAAGAAUCAAGGAUAAGAUCACCAAGUAAAAACGGUUUAUAAGUGCCACCUGACAUCACGACGGCCAUGGCGGUGGUUAAGAACAAAGGAUUCUCCGAAAAAAGUUUAUUGUAAUGACCAGCAACAUGGCCUCCUGGUCAUGUAGUCGCAUACCAAGAAUAUAAUAGGCCAUGGCAAUAAAUUAAAGGGGGUUGAGAAUGUGCUAUUUCAUCAUCUACGGUGUAUUAAAAACGUUUAAACAAAAGAAGCCUCCAUUAGAAUUCCAACUGACAUGACUGUUAUCUUGUAGGUUUGUUUUUAGCGACAGAUCGCUGCACAACUUAAUCAAGAACAGUCUAGAUCCCAUACUGGAGUCGCAGAAACCGUCUUAUGUGGGUAAGAGCUUAGCUUAAUGGAACAUGAAGGAGAGUAUGUGAUAUUCAUUCGAACUGCGGAUUACAAGUUUAAAGAUAGAAAACUGUACUGAAGACUAACUCAAGUAGUUUGUGGCGUUGAAAGCGAAAGAUUUAAAAUUUAAGGGGUUGGAUGUAGUGAUCUUCGUUUACCAACUGAUGUCAAAAUCGAGUGAUCAAUUUAAUAAUUGAUCGAUCUUUUUCAAGACCGAACGGUUGACAGAUUGAUUGCAAAUUGAUUGAUUAUUUAAUGGGGUGAGAGAUUGACUAAUUCACCAUGGUUUAUUGAUUAACUGAAUGACUUUUGAUGUUCUCUUGAAGCCGAAAGCUUUGUUGGUAGCUUGUUCGACCGAAAAACAAAUGGUUAACUGGUCGGUUGUUUAGUUAAUUGUUUGACCUCCCAACUUAUCGAUUGACUUAUGACAAUUCACCGAGGCGAUUGAUUGAUUGAUUUUGAUUGACUGACCGCUGUCGGCCUAUGCUGUCAAGUUUUGAUCGUUUGCAUCAUGCAGGUCAUAUAUACUGACUCAUAGGCUGCGCGUAUAGAAAGUUUUAAGAAGCCCUUUGUGAAAUUUACUUCGUCCAAUAUAAAGAAAUUCAAGACAGUCUUGGAUUCUAGAUUCCAGGCUGUGGAUUCCGGAUUCCAGGUACUGGAUUCUGGAUUUCCCGUCAGUGGAAGUUGGAUUCUGGAUUCCAAUAGUUAGCAGGAUUCCGGACCGGAUUCAUUGAGCAGAAUUGUGGAUUCCAAAGCCGAGAAUUCCGGAUUCCACGAGAAAAAAAUUCCCGGUUCUGGAAUUCGGCUCACCUUACGGGGAUCAUUAUACUUUUCUGGGAGACUGCCCACCUACCCCUCCCCUAAGCCAACAUUAACACUUACUUCUCACUAAGGGCAAAAUGUUGGCUUAGGGGAGGGGUAGGUGGGCAGUUUCCCAGAAACAUAUAAUGAUCCUGGUUAAUUGAUUUGUUGAAAAAUUCUAUCUUUACGCUUUUGCUUUUUCUGUUCAGGGUCUAUCGAGGUUCUGGACUUUACUCUUGGUAACAGAACACCAUACAUCAAGCACGUGACAAUCUACGACAAUCCCGAUGAUCAGAGAUAUAUAAGAGCGUCCGAGCUCAACUUUAACCACCCUCCUGACGAUUUAAUAACUAGAGGGAAAUACCAAGUGGUUAUUCACCUCGACGUGGGUCUGACAUCACCUGAAGCUAGAUUUAUCAUUCGAAUGAGACUCGGGAACAAGGGGUAUGGUCUAUCUUCUGAUAUAGGCCAAGUGCAAACGAACGAAACAACUCCCAACAUUGUGGACCGUAGCUUAAAGUCUGACCGGUUGAAAACUUUGCGCAACAACUCCCAACAACACGCAACAACAUGCAAGGGUGUGCAACAAUGUUGGGAGUUGUUGGCCAACAAUGUUACGUCCGUUUGCACGGGGCUUUGGUAUUAAGGUGCUAUAGUAUUUUUCAAAAGAAAACAAACAAACAAACAAAAGGCGAAAGAUGUUUUUUUCGGUCAGUGACACAGGUGGUUCGGAAGGAAAAAUCCGAGCUCUCUCAAUCAAGUGUCAAACCUUAUGACCUUCUGGUUACUAUUCAACCAGAUGCUCUACCACUGAGCUACAGAUCAAAUGAUGAAUGGCGAAUUUUAAGUCUGGCGAAUACAUGAGACAGAUGUUCCUCAUCUUUUUCAUGUAAUCUUCUUGACAUAGGUUUUUGAACUAGGAAAACAAUGACAAACCUUACUGAAUGCGGCGUAACUCUUCUUCAUUUCUUUGCAGGUUUCUUGGUACGUGUACCGACGUGGCGGUGGAGGAUUUUCAAGUCAGCGGAAAACUCCAACUCGUGUUGUUAUUCAAUCAAAAUGUUCCAUUUCCUCAUCUGGCCUCUGCGUCGAUCUGUUUCACAGAGGAGUAAGAGAAAAUGUCCAUUAAAGCAAUUUAUAGUCGUGGCCGAGCGGUUAUUGUUAUUUGUUAUCGCGGGUAAAAUCAAUUCUUCAGAAGGUUCUUAUUUGUCUAUCUAAAUUAAGGCCAAAAUAAUUUAACUUUCGAAGUCUCAUGGAUAAAUGAGCUGAAAUGAGUUACAGAAUGGGCUAAAAAAAUCUUUGGUGGGGAUGCUUUGGUCCAAAUCGUCCUAAAUUGGCUCCUGAAGAGGUUGAAUUAGAUAUUGAGUUCGCAGUCUCUCGUUCAACAUUAGAUGGCAAACUUGGUUAUCUCCCCCGCGAUUGUUCAGAAAUCGGACUAAAUGUUAACUAAAGAAGGUAAUAGUAGUAGUAAUAGUAGUAGUAUGACCUUUUCAAUUGCGGUUUUCUUUUUUCGUUUUAUGCCAGACCGGACGUAUCAUUCAACAUUCGUCUCCUGAAGGCGGUGCAGUUGAUGGAGUUCCCUCUUCUAAGACAGUGGAUCACGCAGAUAGUCAAUGAAUAUCUUAAAUUUGGUAACUGCAAUUUUGUAAUUGCUAUUUCUCACGCUCUGUUUAUUAGUAAUGUUGUGUUACGACUGCUUAGAAUACACUAGAGAGAUUUAGUAUGAUGUUUGGGGCAAACGGCAAACGACAGAAUUCAAGUUGAGAAUUUCUCUAACGAAAGCUGUCCAGGACAACUUUUAUGGACAAAACUAACGCGAAAAUACAAUUUUUGUUGAGAUAAGUAAUGAAUAGUAAAUGACAAGUAAAGGGAAAACGUGGUCACGUGGUACAAAUUCACGUUUGUUGUUUGCCGUGAACGUGACCCUGGUUCUCUCUAGAUGAUCGUAAGUUUCAACAAACUUUGGAUUUCAGUGGGAUACUGGCUGAUGCACGCCUGGCAAUUACCUUGAUGCUUUAAACUGAAAUUGUACCACAGAAGGAUUGAACAUAUACUUCAACUAGUAACAUGAAAGUGAAACGUCCGGACCACUCCACCUCGUAACUACAAAGUAUGUCGGUUUCGGCGGUCGCGGGAUUGUUCAGACGUAUAAGUUUUUGACUUCCUUGUAAUAAAGGCAGAAAAAGAUGCCUUGUUCCUUAAAUAACCGACCCACGAAAGGGAAUCCGAGACAGUCUUGGAUUAUGGAUUCCACGCAGUGGAUUCCGGAUUCUAGUUAAUGGAUUCCAGUAUCUGUCAGUGGAAUUUGGAUACCGGAUUCAAAUAGUUAGUGGGAUUCCGGAUUCCUUGAGCUGUAUUCCGGAUUCCAAAGGCCAGGAUUCCUGAUUCCACGAGCUAAAAUUUCUCCGAUACCGGAAUCCGGAUAGGCCCUUUGCAGCUAGCGAUUCACGUGGUACAAAACCGCCACGCUAGAGAGCAAAAGUCGCACUGGGACAAGACAAACAAAGAAAAAUUACCAUUUCAAAUUGUGUAUGUCUUUUGUUUGUCUUGUCCCAGUGCGACUUUUGCUCUCCAGCGUGGCGGUUUUGUACCACGUGAAUGGCUAGCUGCAAAGGGCCUAUUACGGUUCCCUAAAAGGUUUAACGCAUUGUUCUCACCUGCAGCUCUAGUGGAUCCUGGUCACGUAACAAUUCCUUUCUGUGAUGAUCCUGACGUUGUUGGAAGAGGUGCAGCGUAUGGUAAGUAACUUUGAACAGGUACUUCACUAAAAAUAUAUACUACUUUAUUAACCGAGAGUGAGGUAAUUACAAGCAAAUCUUGAUGUAUUGAUCGAGCGAUAGCGAGGUCAAUACAUCAAGGCCGAGGUCUGAGAUUUCCCUGUAAUGACCGAACGGACGAGGUUUGUAAGUUAUUUAUUAUAUGGCCUUUUCAUUAUGGACCUGAGCCUGUGAUCAAUUAAAACCAACAACUGGUCAGCGGAUGACUUUAAAAAGACAAUUCACCUCAAUAAGUUGUUCACUUGAACCCGCGAUACAGUCAGGUGACACUGGUCAGCGGAUACCUUAAUGACAGCUGUCAAUUGACCAUAACAUGGGUGUCCAUAAGGAUGUCCACUAUCAAGUUAAACACAGAUUGUAUAUGCCUUGGACACCUAGCUAGUAAUGCCCGGCCAUUACAAAAAAACAGCGAAUCAGAGCGCGCGUACUAUUGUAGCCAUAUAAUAAGUACGCGUUAUUGACCAAGUGUGAGAUCAAGAUGUCUGCAUAUUAGCCAAGGUCUUUUUUGCGUUUUAUGGACCUACACGACGAACAGACCAAUCUCUGGCCAUCUAGACUCAACAAGCUUGGUCUAUAAAGGAUUUGUUAUAUUUAAAGAGUUAGAAAAGCCUUCAUCGUUCAGCCUUUAUUUUUCAGCAUGUGGAGUUCUUACGCUGACGAUUAACGGAGGAUCUCAUGGAAAACUGACAGGUUAGAAAGCGUUUUUGUUUUCCUGUUUACCAUGACAGUACGCGCCACAGUGAGUUUACGCAACAGGACGGAUUGAAGAAGAGGACGGGAAAACGCUUAAGUGACAAACAUGACAGGGCUAUUACGUGGGUGUUUUGUCGUGAUCUUCACUUUAUACUAAUGUUUCUGGUCUUUCACGAAAAGAGCUGGCUAAGGAAAAGUGAAGUUUGGCGAAAAUUUAUUUCAAACAAAAUUAUUGUCACGCUUGUCACACAAGGUUUGCCUCUUCUUUCCUCCCUCGUCCUGUUGCGUAAGUUCACUAGUAUCGUGACUGGCGCCCUGCAAGCAGAGCCUCUACUUCCUGAAUGAGGUGGAGAAAAGGAGGCUGCCUUGAAGUCGCCGCGACCCGACCUUCUCGACUGGUCAAUCUUGUUUUCUCUCGUCAAAGUGGUUUUUCGACUGCGAGCAUCCGUUUAUUGAUUAAACUGAUGGUUACAACUGAGCCCGCUAUACCAAACGUAUGGCUAUUAAGCCUGGGUUUGAAAUUGUAUCCUAGCAACAUGCUGCGCAUGUUCAAAUGAGAUCUUACUCCAUUCAUGCAGAGUAAUUCUUGAGUACGCCAAAAUCGAGAAAGAAAAAUAAAGGCUCUGUUGGCUGGUGCGUGAUUGGGUGCGGUAUCAAUCGACUUUACUUACUUGCAUGAUUUUGUCCACCAAAUCGUUUGCGUUCUAGAUGACCCUUACUGGUGCUCUGUGAAGAUUGCCGGUCAAAAGCGAUUUACCAGGGAGGUGAUAGGAGAUACCGCCUGGACUGAAAAUAUAUCCUUACUGGUGUAUCACCUGUAUGCCGACAAGGUAAAGACAGAAAUGUUGGUUACAUUUCAUUAAACAGCGACUAAACAUUCGAUCUUUAAUGCAAACAGUGCAAACAUGAAAAAGCUUUCGGGACCUCAAAUGGGUUUAAGACUCCAGGGGCCCGUUUCUCGAAAGUCCCGGUAACUUUACGGGCCCGAAAUCAAAUAUUCAAAUCGAAAUAUAAAGAAUAAGAGCGCGGGUCCUGGCUAGCAAACUACUCCAUUUUGUUUCAUUAACUGACAGUUUUAUCAUGUUAGAUGCAAACUACUGAAACCUCGAUCUUUAAUGUAAACGGAGACAGCUUACCGGGCCCGUUAAUUAUCGGGACUUUCGAGAAACGGGCCCCAGAAAAACGGUCCCCCACCGCGGGUAUAGUUUAAAAGAACUUCAGCAACGACUACGGAGACGGAAGUGAGAACGUCACUUUAAAAAUUAAUACGCUNCCCCCCCCCCCCCCCCCUGAGGUGACCUGCGGUUUUCUAAUACAACUGGUAUUCUGCAAAAGAAAAAAAAACUAUGUGGUUUAUUGGUGUUGAAGUAGAGCAAGAGACGAGUGCACCCCCUCCUAAAAAAAAUCCUGGAUCCGCCCCUGAAAAUUUAAAACGUCGCAAAUCUGUUGCCCUUUUGAAGUUCUCCUUCACCUUACUGUUGACACCGUCAUUGAUAUAAUAGUCCUAACAAGUCCUUGAUUGAUUAACGAAGAUUCGCUCUGUUGUUUGCUUUGCCUAGCUGACAAUGACACAAUCCGUGUUGCUCACGUUUUUCUUUUUUCAGCUUGUAAUCAAACUCAAAGGAAGAAGAAAACUUGGUACGAAGUACACUAUCGCUGAACAUGUUUUGCAGUUAUCCACACUAUGCCUGGAGAGCAAUCCUCAUCAGUAAGUGCUCUAGGGAAAUGUGCUGACAACGUUGAAAUUGUUUCUUACUCGCAGAAAUGGUCAAAGUUAAAACUCAGAGAGGGGGGUGCCGAAGAAACAAAAGGGGCCACGCAAAAGUACUGCUAAAGAAGUCUCAUUAAAAUCGCCACACCUGGUAUUUUGUGCAGCAAAAAUGGUAAUUGCGGAAGUGGACAGAGUGCUUCUUAAUUAUGUUUCGGGGAUAGAAAUCGAGAAACGGGCGGAGGGUUCAGUUUGUAGGUUCGCAGUUGUGCCUAAAAUACUUUAACUUGAAUUCUAACUAUAAUCCUAAACUACCUUCAUUCUAACCCGUACCUGCACCUGCAAAUAGACCUUAUAGAAAAUUUGCUUAUUCUAGACAACAGAAAAUGAAGAUGGCAAAUGAUGGGUGUAAAUGAUCUUUGUUCCUUUUAUGGAUGCAGUAGCGAAUAUAAAUAUCCCCACAGCAAUUAGUAAUGACUAAAAACUAGUCGAAACUCGAACUGUACAUUUUGCAUGACUAGUAAAUCGUUGUGUCCUUUUAAGAGAAUAAACAAACUCGACCGCGAUUUCUCGUACUGGCAAAUUUUGUCGCUUGUUUUCUCCCUGAAAUACCACGUGACAUUAUUUUUGUCCCAUCAAUCCUAAACCGCGGACAAAGUUGGCGCGUAUCGUGAAUAAGGUCUGUUUAACCCAGCGGAAUGGCGGCCAUUUUCUCUGUCACAAAAAAUUACGUCGCUUUCAAGCAGGCUAAGCCUGACUCAUUUUCACGUUAAAACCAUGUGACGUCACACAGUUCACCACUGCCUCAAAAAGACAAGAGUGGAAUCUCGAAAGCACUUUAGUAAUCUGUGAUUUCUAUGAAGGAGUAUUACCCAUCAGCUUUAUUUUUAUUUAACGUAUAGUGUAUAUUNCAAUUAGUAAUGACUAAAAACUAGUCGAAACUCGAACUGUACAUUUUGCAUGACUAGUAAAUCGUUGUGUCCUUUUAAGAGAAUAAACAAACUCGACCGCGAUUUCUCGUACUGGCAAAUUUUGUCGCUUGUUUUCUCCCUGAAAUACCACGUGACAUUAUUUUUGUCCCAUCAAUCCUAAACCGCGGACAAAGUUGGCGCGUAUCGUGAAUAAGGUCUGUUUAACCCAGCGGAAUGGCGGCCAUUUUCUCUGUCACAAAAAAUUACGUCGCUUUCAAGCAGGCUAAGCCUGACUCAUUUUCACGUUAAAACCAUGUGACGUCACACAGUUCACCACUGCCUCAAAAAGACAAGAGUGGAAUCUCGAAAGCACUUUAGUAAUCUGUGAUUUCUAUGAAGGAGUAUUACCCAUCAGCUUUAUUUUUAUUUAACGUAUAGUGUAUAUUCUUUAACGGAUUUGUUGUGAUUCAGAGACCACGCACUGGAAAAGUCAUUUAGACCCGCUACUCUCACACUACAAAUGGAAUACACGCCACUCCCAGUGAUUGACGUAAAUCACUUGAUCCCACCCGAAGAGUUUAGCAGAAACUAUGCAAGUAGACUACGAAAUCUUUACCCGAAUGAAGGUAAAUUCCAAACUAGCACUUGUACACGUCUUAAAAUGGCGAGCUUCCAGGCAAAAUUAGUAAUUUGCACGAUCACCUUGAAGUCAAGCAAUAGCUUUAGACGACGUAAAAACGUGUUAAAAACAUCCACGGGUGACCAACCCAGCGCAAUGUUUUUACCCUUAUAACUACCACACUUUGACGUAAACUUUGCCAUACAGGCGAACAGACACCCGACAAAAUGGAAUGCUUUUGUAAAAUACAUCUCCCAGAAAACUUCCGUUUGAGUAAGGUAACUGUUUGACUUCUAUUUCUGAAAAUGAAGAAAUGAUCGUCGCAGUGAACGCAAUUUAUGCAAUUGCGUAAAGAAGCCUGAAAAAAAAUUCAGGACUUCAACAGGGUUUGAACCCGUGACCUCGCGAUUACCGGUGCGAUGCUCUACCAACUGAGCUAUGAAGCCACUGACGUUGGGAGCAGGUCAAUUGUGGGUUCAUAUGUUCCCGUGAAAGAAAUGAGUGUUAAUGAUAUAUGAAAUAAAUCAUGUAUAUGAACUGCUGAAAUGAAAUGAAAAUGAAGAAACGAUCGUCGCAGUGAACGCAAUUUAUUUCAUAUAUCAUUAACACUCCUGUUUCUGUUGAUAUCAGUUUCAGGGGUGUUAUUAGUGUGCGCCCACAGCGGCCAUAACUUGGUACCCAUGGACAAACACGGACUCAGUGACCCCUACUGCGUCAUUUAUGAAAACAGCAGACAGGUAAAAAAAACAUUCGCCACUUAAGAAACGAGAAGGAACUGUGCCGAGUUAGCUCGCGCAAAGGCUUCUGGGACUGUUACUAGCGACGGGGAAAAAAUUGGCCAAUCGCUGACCGGCACGUCACCAGUCACGAUCCCAGAAACAACUGCGGGAGACAUUUCGGCUCCAGUUCCGUCUCACUUCUAAUGUUGCAAAUUAAAAUCCAGGGCAGAGUUGUUCAAAGCUGUGUUAAGAUAACCAAGGGCUAGUGCGAAUUUGAAUUCAGAAAGCAUUUCAGUUUUAAUUCUUUUUGUCUACUAGUUGAUGAUUGAAAGCUCUAAAAAUAGCACAGAAAAUUAUCCGAGAAAAUGUUUUUGAACACAAGAAAAAGAAACCCGGGUUAAGCGCUAAUCGGCCUUCGAACAACUGGACCCAGGAGUCAUUUCACAAGUAGGUUGAGUAUGAUCGUCCGGGUGAACAUAGUCCUGAAUAGGACUGUUGUUGUUGACAGUGACUGACGUUUCGACAACCUCUGCAGUAGUCAUCUUUCAUAGGCAAACGAAAGAUAUAAACGUACAAAUCUUACUCCAAACAAUGAAAUAUACAGAAGUGAAAUGAUAUCCCUUCCUGAAAUACCUCUUCAAGUCUUUCAAGAACUAAAGGCUAAGAAAGAAUCGAACUGUAAGGAUAUCUCACUUCUCAACACUAAUAAAAUAAAAUAACAAUCUCACACUCCAUUUACUUCAUAAGAGUGCUCCGUUGUCGAGGGACACUAAUUUCAAAUGAAAACUACGAUAAUAUGUUCUCACAGACAGUUUUCAAAUACUCGCGGCUUCUGAGCGUAAAAGUUUCAAAUAGGCGCUGUGGUCCUGUUGAACUGCGGCAAUCCAUUUUUUAGUGGAUACCAUAUUUAUUUUUUUUAUUUUCAGGCCAAACGAGGAGAGACCGUUAAAGGAACUUUGAGCCCCGUUUGGGAUACAAUGGUAGAAAUACUUGUAGCUGAUUACACCCAGGUUUGUUGUUAUUUGUGCCAGAUGUCGAUCACUCUGGCCUAGUCCCCUGUAUUGUUUUGACGGUCAUGCGACGCAAUGCAUUGUGUGGGAUUAAGACGAGCGAGUCCUAUUUGGUGACGUCCUCGCUCAAGAUAGAACCCAGGCCCCUAAUUGUUCAAAAGGUGGAUAACGUGAUCAGCUGAAUAAAUCUCUACCGACUGGAUAGAACAACUGGUUUCCCUAAUACUUAUCCAGCGGAUAGUGCUUUAUUCGGUGGACAGCGCUAUCCAGCUUUUGGACAACUAAGUCCAGGGGUCCAGUUAUUCGAAAGGUGGUUAACGCUAUCAAACUGGAUAAAUCUCUAUCCAGUGGAUAACGUAAUUGGUUUCCCUAAUACUUAUCCGCUGGAUAGUGAUUUAUCCCUUGGAUAGCGCUAACCAACGUUUGAACAACCUUGGCCAGAGCCCCUGACUCGUUUGUACUGAGAAGGUCUUAGAAUUAGAGAGUAUUUUUCCACAGCACUGAUAUCUUUUCAAGAUAUGGUGUGGAGUUACAGUCAAAUUCAGCCUUUUACCAUAUUUCUAUUUUUUUCAGACAACGCUAUCUUUUGUUGUUCUGGAUAAAGAUACAAAUGCCAUCAAGAUGAUCAAAGAUGACCGGGAUGAUUUUAUGGGAUCUUGCAACCUGUCCUUGACUCAGGUAAAAGAAAAACCAUGAAGCCCAACCUACCCUUCCCCUAACCUAACAUUUUGCUCUAAGAAAGAAGUGAUUGCUAACGUUAGGUAAGGGGAGGGGUAGGUAGGGAGUUUCCCAGGACCUUACAGAAGUAAAAGCGGCCACAUUCAAAUUUGUUGCGCACAUUGCUCGGCGCGUACAGUGCGUCUUUCACGCGGGAAAUUUCAAACCUGCUCUGCUGAUUGCUUGUAUUAUCAUAGGACCCAACCAUAAACGUGAAGAUGAUUUAAUUAGCCGUAGCGAUCUCAGGCGCUAUUUUGCUCUUUUCAGGAUUCACCGGUGCUUUUUAAGAAAAAUCUAGACUUGAUGUACAAAGUCAAGGGAUCUGGUAUGAUGAAGGCGGGAAAAUUAUGUGUGUCCGCCAUCUUUAGACCUGUUCCGUCAGUCGUCAAGUCGGGUGAGUACAAAUACCUCAGCUUAGUACCCAGGCCUUCUCAUGCGCUUGCUCGUGACAUUGGGCGGGAAUUUGUCCCUUUUGGCUCCACAUUGUUCCACCGAGUCUCAAAAAAUCUGAUAAGGAAUGUUGUUCAAGUGUGAGCAGCCGUUCCUUUGGGGAGAAUUGUUGCGUGACAAGAAAGGAACAGCUGGAUGGGAGAGUAGAGCUCACUGAACGUCAGUCUUAUGCCGCUGAUUAUACUUAUUUCAUCUCUUUUCUUUUAGAAACGAGAGAAAAUGGCCAAGGACUACCGGAGGGAGAGUCUCCAGGACCAGUAAGUUAUUCUGAAUACUUAUACGGGUAUAGAAUGGUACCUUGAAAAACUCGGGUGUCUGGAAAUUUUGGCACGAUCUCGAGACCUCGGAAGCGUUUUUGAUGGGUCUUGAAGUCUCGAUUUUGAGUGAUUUUUGCGUCUCGGAGUCUUGAUUUUUUUUUUGCCGACGGGUCUCGGAGUUUUCAAUUUGUCGUAAUUUCUUUCCGUUUGGUCUUCAGGAUUCGAAUUUUUUUAGAGUUCAUGGGUACAACUUAUCAAACUGAGCCAGUAGAUUACGACAGUAAAACAAGACAAAGCAGUGUAUUGGUGGGCUCCCGCUAUAGCUUCCAUUGGCGUUUAUGAUCAUUUUAUUUAGCUUUAAUUUAUUUGUACCAUUUCCUCUAAAUUUUCGGGGCUUAAAGUAGCCGGCUCGGAUUUUUUAGAAGUAAAGUCUCGGGCUAGGAGUUGAUAAAAAUGCUCGAAUUUUGAAACAGUCUCACAGUCUCGAAAGUCUCGAAUUUAGCAUACUAUAUUCACCCUUUUUGCAAAAAACUGACGCUUGAUAAUCGACCCUGUAAUUCUCGUCCCAGGCUGUUAUCCCAAAACUUCAACUCAACUGAAAAGCGAAUUCCUCAUGUGAUUUUUGCGUCUCGGAGUCUUGAUUUUUUUUUUUGCCGACGGGUCUCGGAGUUUUCAAUUUGUCGUAAUUUCUUUCCGUUUGGUCUUCAGGAUUCAAAUUUUUUUAGAGUUCAUGGGUACAACUUAUCAAACUGAGCCAGUAGAUUACGACAGUAAAACAAGACAAAGCAGUAUAUUAGUGGGCUCCCGCUAUAGCUUCCAUUGGCGUUUAUGGUCAUUCUAUCUAGCUUUAAUUUAUUUGUACUAUUUCCUCGAAAUUUCCGGCGCUUUAAGUCUCCGGCUCGGAUUUUUUAGAGGUAAAGUCUUGGGCAGUUAGUAAAAACGCUUAAGUCUGAGUCUCGCAUUUUGAAACCAGGGACUCACAGUCUCGCAAAGUCUCGAGUUUACCAUUCUACAUUUACCCUUUUUGCAAAAGUGUAAAAACUGACGCUUGAUAAUCGACCCUGUAAUUCUCGUCCCAGGCUGUUAUCCCAAAACUUCAACUCAACUGAAAAGCGAAUUCCUCACAAGUUCGACGAAAAGUUAACUCGUUGGUUUCGUGUAUUUAAAUAUUCAGAGAGAUGUCAAAACGGAGGCACAAACAUUGGAAGCUUUGCUGAGAGCAGGUAUUUAUAUCAAUAUUACCACUGAAAAAAUGCAAGGCACAGAACUCACAUCCGGGCGGUUAUAGCAUACGCAAACAAACAAUUCGACGAGUGCCGUUCCAGGCGCGCAUGUGGCGCAUGACAAGUCAAGAUAGUUCUAUAGCAAUUGGAUUUUUCGAAUGACACUGAGAAAAGAAAAUUGAUUCGAAAAAUCAGAGGUAAAAGACAGUGGUAAAGGGAAGACGAGUUGGAUUCGAAUAUACAAGGGUUCAAGAAAUUGGGAUUCUAAUGUAGUUUACUGCUGCGGGUUAGCUACAAGAACCGUUUGCUUUGGUAGCUUAGCACAUCAGGCGAGGUGAAGUUUUUAUAGACCAAUUCAAAGAGAUUGUUUGUACUUUUUUCACAGAAAGAGGAAGUAUUGAGGUUAACAUUUACCAGGGGCGCGAUUUGGUGGCAAAAGAUGUAAACGGUAAGAAAACAGGCUUGCAGAUAACAGAGCAUUUCAGUUCAUUUCAGUUCGGACAAUCUCUCAGAGAGAGCUCUGAACAUUCCCCCAAAAAAUUGGGGUGAUUCACGGUUAACAGACAAAGAGAAGAAAUAAAAUGCGUACCAGGAAUUACUCAACACAUUUUAAGCCGAAAAUGGAAAAUCGGACUCGCGCCCUUUUGACGAAAUCUUUCAGCGUUGUUAUAGACUGAACUUAAAACGUAAAUGGGAGGAAGCUGUGAGAAGUGCACAAGGAAGGUGAGGUGAGGUGUGAUCCCAGAACACUCAACAGUUUAUUGAGGGGGAGGGGUGAGAGGUGGUCCCAGAGCUGUCCAUUGAGGGGGGACGGGAGUGAGAUUUGGUCACAGAGCUGUUUAUUGAGCUGGGAGGGGUGAGAUGUGGUCCAGAGCUGCCCAUUGAGCGGGGAGGGGAGAGAGAUUUGGUCCCAGGGAUGUUUAUAAAGGGAAAGUGAGAAAAAGAAGAAGUCAAGAAGAUUGUCCAAUUCAAUCUCCACCCGUCUUUCAGGUAAAAGUGACCCCUUUGUAACAGUGAAGGAGGGAAGCGAAGGAAGAGAGAAGUUUAGAACACGAACUAUUGACAACACCCUCCAGCCAGUAUGGAACGAAUCAACAGUAGUGGCCAUGCCUGACACAAACGGACUGCUGCUUUUGGUAACGACUUACAUACAGUGGAACCCCGUUAAUACGGUCACCGAUAGGCCAAAAAAAAAUUGGCCGUAUUAAUGGAUGACCGUAUUAACGAGGGUUUUUUUUUUACAAGAAAAUGUAUGGCCUUUUUGUCAGGCGGCCAAAAAAACGUGGCCGUAAUAACAAGGUGACGUAUUACCGGGGUGGCCGUAAGGCGGGGUAUCACUGUAAUUAAAGAUUAAAAGCAAACUGCGAUUGUUUGUACAGAGACAGUGCAACCUUGCAAACUAAAGACGAGAAUUGUCUUUGGAUACCUCGAAACCACAGAAGAAUAGACAACAAAAAAGCCAAAAUAGCCUCUGCAUUCGAGUUUUCCGUUUCAAUUUAUGAAUUCUUGUUUUUAAUAAUUAGCUUAUGCUAAAGGCCACGAGUUAAACGGGAAGAGAGUAACCAGUUAAGCAAAAAAGCUAGACGCGCGACGCGCAGUGACAGUAACAUAAACAUAAAAGAACACAUAAAAGACUUCCGCCCGUAUCUGUUCACAAAAUGAUUGUAAGUUUGGUUUGUUCCUGCAGGAAGUUUGGGAUAAAGAUCCACUGUCGCAAGAAAGAAUGGGUCAACUUGCUUUUACAACAGAAAAACUUAAAGACUUAGGAAUGGUAAGAAAAACGAUUACCUUUUCUCAGGUCGCUCUUAACUCUCGCCAGGACCAUUGCUUGACUAUUUUAAGUCCUGAUUCUAAUUUCUACCUUUCAAAGAAGGAAGCCUGCAAAAAGAAGCAAAGAAAGUAAUGAAAUAAUUGAAUCUAAUAUGGACACUCUAAGUUUUGGUGUUCACGAACUACUUAACUAGUCCAUCUAAAGUAAAGCAUCUUAAGAAAAAGCGCUGACCGUUCGUUUUAUCGCAACUAAUUAACCAUCAAGAAAAUUACGACCUCCUCACAAGUUUCUGCUUACAUAAAAGGCUGAAGACUGAAGGUUUGUUUAUAGUGGAAAAUGUAGUUUGCUUAUCCAGCUAUUUUAUAGGCACUCCAGUUAAACAAUUCUAAAAUAAACUAUCCAAAUAAAACAUAACAGGAUUAAAAACCCCAACUGCCAGGAGGCAACCAGUUGUCUAUUUACAAGCAUGGUUGAGGAUUUGAAGUUAGGACAACUGAGAACAAAUCCAGCAAGUGGCCAGAGCGGGACUCAAACCCGGGACCGACGGAUUGCGAGUCCGACAAGCUUACCACUCGGCCACGCUUACAUAGGAAGAAAACAUUAGAGAAAAGCGACAUGUUAGUAUCGACUAGGAAAACAUUUUCGAGAUCCUUUUUUUUUCCUUUUCACGAACGAUUCUCUCUUUGUUUUCCUCUGCAGGCUCCGUAUGAGAAGCAUUGGUAUCGACUUCGCGGAGUGAAAAGCGGAGAACUGCAAGUGGCAUUUAAGUACACUCCACCAGAGGUAAAAAAAGCUGUAAAGAAAAUUUAGUGUUUUUUUAACUAUAAAACACAAAUCAAUAAGGAGCACACUUUAGCUUUUAUACAGAAUAAAAAUCAUAGACAUACACCUCAGUUUAUAAAUCCUUUAGUUUACAUUCUAUUUUCCAGCAAAAACCAAACAUUCGCGGGUAGAAAUUGUGCAAACGUAUUGCUCACGGGAGCUCAAACUAACUUUAAAAUAUGUGGACAGAAUCCUGUGAUUUUACUGUUUAAAUGAAACCUUUUUGGCAGACUUUUUGCAUAAUACUAUUUACAACCCAGGAUUUACAAAAAAAAUAUAAUUUUUUGUGAAUUUUUCACCUUGUCCAUUACUAGGAGUGAAAGGGUUAAUAUAGAACUUAAAUUAACGUUACAGGCAGCAGAUGAGUACACCAAUAACUCGGGGAAUCCAGUGAUUCGAAAGCCAAGAGGUUUGUAUAUUAAGGUAUUUCACUACACAGACCAGUUAACAAUCGAGUAUCACAAUUCAGACUGCCAAUUGAAUGAACCAAUCACAUCUCAAGUACGUGUAACCAGUGCAGAGCGCGGGAAAAUGGGCGUGAGCCUUGAUCGUGGUUCUGAUUGGUGGAGAAAAUGGCGUGAUAUUUUUGGGGGCCAAUCACAUAGCGUUGCAAUGCAGUUAAAGCAAUCACGACUUUAUUUUAAACUCAGUAGGGAAAGCCUUUCUGAAAGAUACUUGAAUACUCUUAAAUGUGGAGAUUCAGCCUCGUUUUCGGGAAAAUCGGGGCACGAAAUGUCCGAGCUAAGCAUUUAUUUUUCAACAUUUUGCAUAUUGAACACAUUUGCAGACGAAUAAAAAAGUGCAACGUGGUGUAAUGCGCUUCCUGAGAUUUUUUCUUUCACCUCAGAAGCCUAGUUUAUUUGAGUUUACACGUGUUUUCAAUUACAACUAAGCUUGAAGGUUCCUUAGAUCACUGGUCAAGCUGUGUUCAAGCGAAAACUGCUAACCCGAGCUCUGAAUUCCAUCGUAUCCAUUCGCCACCUAAGAAACGAGAAUAAACCUGGGUCAAGGUAACUUUAGCAAAGACUUCUGGGACAGAUUUUAGGGACAGGGAAAAAAUUGUCCAAUAGCUGACCGGCUCGUCCGCAGUAACGAUCCCAGAGACAACAAUCUCGUUCCCAGGUUCUCUCUCCUAUCCGUCUCUCUCUCGCUCCGUAGGGACGGGUUGUUGAGAGAACCUGGGAACGAGGUUGCCAGAGACAAUUGCGGGACGCAUUUCGGUUCCAGUUCUCUGCUCAUUUCACCAAGUGGUGAAUUGGAGUAAUUUCACCGACCAUAUAAGGUAAGGCCUCUACAUUAAAAAAAAUAAUGGCAUUUUUCGGAAAGGCCUAUUGUAAACCGCUUCGCUUUAAAGCCGUAUGUUUCAUUGAAAAGAAUCAACCAAUGCUAUCAGUGGAUUUUCUUGAGCUUUUGCUUCUGCGAGUUAUUUUAGAAUGCGAGAGUGCCUUAUCACUAAGAGGGACCAAUGAUGAAGGCUCAAAAGGUCAACCUCAUCCGUAGGGCUUUUGCCAUGUUCUAAAGCCCUGGGGUCGAGGUUGACAAAAGGUGUCGGUCCAAGCGAGGGUUGGCUGUAUUAAUAGACUACGAGUAGUCCCCAUUUUUCCUCGGGGAUAGCAGAGUGAGCGAAACGCGAGCGCGCGUGAAAAUCCCCCCACGCGAGAAAGGCGAGACGCGGCGGGGAGGGAGAAAAACGAGCGUCUCGUCUUUCUAGUGCGGGGUGAUUUUCACGCGCGCUCGAUCUACUUUCCCUGAGGGAAAAUGGGGGCUACUCGUAGUCUAUUGUACUAAGGUUGGAAAUUUUAAUUUUUACCGCAGCAAAAAGUUCAGUGGCAUCUUCCGACUCGCUGAGUUCCAACGGUUCUCUACCUUUCUCCGUAACUCAGUCUACCUCGUCUCCCUCGACACCCGAAAAGCCUCUAAAGGAGGAAAAGAGCAGUGUAACGUGGGGAGGUCUUGUUCAGAGCAUAAAAAGGAAAGAAGAGAGAAGAACGAACAUGACCGAAGAUGGUACUGCCGUUUCUCCCAGUGCAUCCCCACGGGUAGAAAAGAAAGAAACUUAUCAGCUUAAAGACUGGCCUAGCAAGAGUGGACGCCUAAAAAGCGCUGUUGUUGAGACAGUCCGUUCUCUUCGUAGGGACAAAGCAUCGGCUGGUGCUUCCUGGAAUGAAGGAAACCCUGAUGCUGGCAUAGCUGAGAUGAAAAGCGACACGGAAACACGAAAGCCUAAGAGUGCAAGGCUUCUUCGCAAAAAGUUCUCGUUUAUGAAAGAUCGUCGACCACGCAGCAGGAGUGAAAGCAAUUUACCGGAGAUUUCCUCGUCACACGAUGACAUGAACCAAAACCACAACCCGAAAGAACUUAUCCGGCGAAGCAGCGAGAAUUUUACCGGCUCGACAUCGCUAAAUCGUCAAAGGAGCUCGGAAAAUAAUUCCUACUCCCUCCCCAACAGCCCCGCCACAGCGUUUGUCGCCAGGAGUUAUUCCACGCGGCUCGUGCGAAGAAAUAAUUCACGAAGCACGGUUUCGUGCAGCUCAACCUCCCGUGGCUCAAGCCCCACGCACUCGGCUCAGGAAAAAUGUCCCACCUGCGAUUUUGACGUUUUAAUCCUGACUGAAUGUCCAAGCUCUACUGUUCCAGAUGAGAAUAACACUACUAUUUCCACGCAGGAAAGAUUAAUAAAUUAACACCGAUAGAUACUGUUAAGUAUAAUAAUCAAAGUCGACAGUCAGGCAAUAUCAUGCCGUAACGGAAACAAAUACUGCAUGAUGCAGUGUUUUUAGCGUACUUCCGGAACAUUUGACCUUCUUGUAUUCAUUUUCAUUCCUUCGACUAGACAAGGAUCACCCUAGAUUUAUUUUUAUUCGAACCGAAAUAAGCAUCUUAAGGACAUAUAUUUGUUUAGGAUUUUAAUUCGAUUUGUUGUUUUGUUGUUUCAAAGAGAGACGUCUACAGUAGCAGGCAGGGAUGGGUAGAGAGUACCCGUUGUCACGCAGACUCGUCACGCAUUAUUGCGUGACGACACCAAGACAGCCAUUUAUUAAAUUCGAUUUAAUUUCAUUAGAUGAAAUGUCUAAUCUCUUUCGGACAAAAAGUUAACAUUAAUGAUAUUACUUUUAGGUCAACGAUACACCUGCUUUCGGGCAACAAUAACUAGACCACACUGAAUGUUGUAAAGACAUUUCAUUUAUCCCGUUUAACAUUGUAUAAAUCCACGAGAUCUGACAAGAAACAAGCCUUACGUUACGCGCCUUUUUCUUGCCAAUGUGGUCUAGCUGCUUGUUUUUUUUGAACUUGAAUAUCACUUGAAGAGCUCUCAAGAGCUCUUAAUUUGAAACAAAAGAGUAAAAACAAUCUCCUUAUCUCAAGAUCCAGCUAACAGAUAAACAAAAUACCUGAAAAUACUGAGACAUGAACCGGCGAAUUGCCCACUCCUCGUCGUCACUUAGAUUCGAACUCUUUCAAGUACGUGACAUUAAAUAAAACAAGUCAUCUCCUACCUUGAGGUUUAAUUGUCAACUUCUUCCUCUGCUGUUUCUUGCCUCCCUUCCAUUUGCGACCGCCAUAUUGUCAUUCGAGUCUUUAGCGCGCAGUACAAGACGUACCAAGCUCUACGGCGAUAAACCGCAGAACCGUUUACCGCCGGCUUUUAAAUGCGCCCGGGCCGCAUGCGGAAAGCCUGGAACAGUAUUAAAAAAUUGCUUUGAUGAGGAGUAUGUGAGCCGCUGUCUUGUUGCCUUUUUUUUCGCUUGCUCAGUCAAUCGCUUUUUCGCUGCUCGCCCGCUUGUUUCGCUCGUCUGCACUGGGAUGAUUCACGUAAGCAAUCAGCGCUAGUAAUAAUAACCUCUCCUGUUUCCCCGGGGUUUCCACAGGAGUCCGUUUUGGUUGAGUCACCGCGCAACAAAGUCGACUAGCGAGAAAGUCCGGGUUUCUAUGAGAGCAAGGGUGGCACAGUGGUAAGAGCACUCGCCUCUCACCGAAGUGGCCCGGGUUCAAAUCUCCGCUUCAACGCCACAUGUUGGGUUGAGUUUGUUGUUGGUUCUCUCCCUUCCUCUGAGAGGUUUUUCUCUGGGUAUCCCGGUUUUCUCCUCUCCUUAAAAAACAACACUUCCAAAUUGAUCUGAAACACGCGGACACGUUUAAACGAGUUCUUAAUUUAAAGAACUCCUAAGUGCUUAGUGGGUAAACAAAUAACAAAAAAUAAAGGCAAAGUUAAAUACUUAAGAACAAAAAUUAUUAAUCGAAUACGAUUUCCGGUGCUCAAUUUGCCCUUCUCUCAUUGGUCAAUUCGUUUUUUCGAUCUGCGCGCUGCGCGUCACUGUCAUUGUAUUUGGUAAAAGAACACAUAAAAGACUUCCGCCCGUAUCUGUUCACAAAAUGAUUGUAAGUUUGGUUUGUUCCUGCAGGAAGUUUGGGAUAAAGAUCCACUGUCGCAAGAAAGAAUGGGUCAACUUGCUUUUACAAAAGAGAAACUUAAAGACUUAGGAAUGGUAAGAAAAACGAUUACCUUGUCUCAGGUUGCUCCUAACUCUCGCCAUUACCAUUGCUUGACCAUUUUACAUCCUGAUUUUAAUUUCUACCUUUCAAAGAAGGAAUCCUGCAUAAAGAAGCAGAGAAAGUAAUGAAAUAAUUGUAUUUUAUAUGGCUAGUCUAAAUUUUGGUGUUCACGAACUACUUAACUAGUCGAUCUAAAGUUAAGUAUCUCAAGAAACAAGGCUGACCGUUCGAUUCAUCGCAACUAAUAAACCAUCAAAAAAAUUACGACUUCCUCACAAGUUUCUGCUUACAUAAAAGGUUUGAGGCCAAAGGUCUUUUUAUAGUGGAAAGUGCACUUAGCUUAUCCAGCUAGUUUACAAGCACUCCACUCAAACAAUUCUAAAAUAAACUAUCCAAAUAGAACACAACAGGAUUAAAAACCCCAACUGGCAGGAGGCAGCCGUUUUUGUCUCUUUACAAGAAUGGUUGGGGAUUCGAACUUAGGACAACUGAGAACAAAUCCAGCAAGUGGCCAGAGCGGGAAUCAAAACCGGGACCGACGGAUUGCGAAUCCGACAAGCUGGCCACUCGGCCACGCUUACAUGGGAAGACAAACGUUAGAGAAAAGCGACAUGUUAGUAUCGACUAGGAAAACAUUUUCGAGAUCCUUUUUGUCCUUUUCACAAACAUCUCUCUUUGAUUCCCUCUGCAGGCUCCGUACGAGAAGCAUUGGUAUCGGCUUCGCGGAGUGAAAAGCGGAGAACUGCAAGUGGCAUUCAAGUACACUCCACCAGAGGUCAAAAAAGCUGUAAAGAAAAUUUAGUGUUUUUUUUUUAACUAUAAAACACAAAUCAAUCAGAAGCUCACUUCUGCCUUUAUAUAGUAUACACAUCAUACACAUACAUCUCAGUUUACAAACCCUUUAUUUUCCAGCCAAAAACCAAACAUUCGCGGGUAGACAUUGUGCAAACACAUAGCUUAUCAUUAUGGGAGCUCAAACUUCCUUAAAAUAUCCUGAUAUCCUGGUCAGAAUCGAAUCCUGCGAUGUUACCGUUCAAAUGAAACCUCUUUGGGAGACGUUUUGCAUAAUACUAUUAACUACCCGGGAUUUACAAAAAAAAUGGAAUUUUUUGUGAAUUUUUCACUUUGUCUAUUACUAGGAGUGAAAGGGUUAAUAUGAAAUUUAAAUUAUCGUUACAGGCAGCAGAUGAGUACACCAAUAACACAGGGAAUCCAGUGAUCCGAAAGCCAAGGGGUUUGUAUAUAUAUUACGGUAUUUCACUACACAGACCAGUUUCCAAUCAAGUAUCACAAUUCAGACUGCCAAUCGAAUGAACCAAUCACACCUCAAGCACGUGUAACCGGUGCACAGCGCGGGAAAAUGGGCGUGAGCCUUGAUCGUAGUGCUGAUUGGUGGAGAGAAUGGCGUGAUAUUUUUGGGGGCCAAUCACAUAGCGUUGCAAUGCAGCUAAAGCAAUCACGACUAGUUUUAAACGCAGUAGGGAAGGCCUUUCCGAAAGAUACUUGAACACUCUUAAAUAUGGAGAUUCAGCCUCGUUUUCGAGAAAAUUGUGGCACGAAAUGUCCGAGCUCUCAAUAUCUUGCAUAUUAAGAACGUUUACAUACGAAUGAAAAAGUGCAAUGUGGUGUAUAACGGUUCCUGUGAUUUUUUUCUUUCACCUCAGAACUUCAACUUCAACUUUAUUUGCACUGUUCAGAAGCCUACUACUUUUAGCAUUUGAUUCGUGAAAACGCGAGAAACGCGAGACGCACCGGGGAGAGAGAAAAAUGAGCGUCUCCCCUUUCUUGCGUGGGGUGAUUUUCACGCGCGCUUUACUAUCCCGGAAGAAAAAUGGGGUCUACUCGUCGUCUUCUAUAUUGAGGUUGUAAAUUUUACUUUCUACCGCAGCAAAAAGUUCAGUGGCAUCUUCCGACUCGCUGAGUUCCAACGGUUCUCUACCUUUCUCCGUAACCCAGUCUACCUCGUCUCCCUCGACACCCGAAAAGCCCCCAAAGGAAGAAAAGAUCAGUGUGACGUGGGGAGGUCUCGUUCAGAGCAUAAAGAGGAAAGAGGAGAGAAGAACGAAGAUGAACGAGGAUGGUGCUGUGGUUUCUCCCAGUGCAUCCCCACGGGUAGAAAAGAAAGACACUUAUCAGCUUAAAGACUGGCCUAGCAAGAGUGGACGCCUUAAAAGCGCUGUUGUUGAGACGGUCCGUUCUCUUCGUAGGGACAAAGCAUCGGCUGGUGCUUCCUGGAAUGAAAGCAAUCCCGAUGCUGACAGAGUUGCAGAGAUGAAAAGCGACACGGAAACACGAAAGCCUAAGAGUGCAAGGCUCCUCCGCAAAAAGUUCUCGUUUAUGAGAGAUCGUCGACCACGCAGCAGGAGUGAAAGCAAUUUACCGGAGAUUUCCUCGUCACACGAUGACAUGAACCAAAAACACAACCCGAGAGAACUUAUUCGGCGAAGCAGUGAGAAUUUAACCGGCUCGACAUCGCUAAAUCGUCAAAGGAGCCCGGAAAAUAAUUCCUACUCUCUCCCCAACAGCCCCGCCACAGCGUUUGUCGCCCGGAGUUAUUCCACGCGGCUCGUGCGAAGAAAUAAUUCACGAAGCACGGUUUCGUGCAGCUCAACCUCCCAUGGCUCAAGCCCCACGCACUCAGCUCAGGAAAAAUGUCCCACCUGCGAUUUUGACGUUUUAAUCCUGACUGAAUGUCCAAGUUCUACUGUUCCAGAUGAGAAUAACACUACUAUUUCCACGCAGGAAAGAUUAAUAAAUUAA